ACAAAGUCUACACAGCUAUCGUAUGCUCAGCCCACAAAAAGAAAUAGUAUUGGAGAGCAGGGCAGCAAGGCAGAGGUGCAGAUGAAAAGAGCCUAGAGAAACUUUUGCUCUAAGCCGUAACAUACAACUACCAGACCUCCAGAGCAAAAAUGAAUGGACAGAAGCAGUGGACACGGGUGGCUGUUAUGGCCCUCCUCCUGCUAACAGUGAUGGCAGCUGAAGGAGGCAAAGCAGACAAACAAGGUAAAAAGGAGCGAAAGUCAGACUGUGGGGAGUGGCAGUGGAGUGUUUGUGUGGCCAACGAAGGGGACUGUGGACUCGGAACCAGGGAGGGGACACGCACCGGCACUGACUGCAAGCAGACCAUCAAGACCCAGCGCUGCAAGAUCCCUUGCAACUGGAAGAAGAAGUUUGGAGGGGAAUGCAAGUACGACUUCCAGGCAUGGGGUGAGUGUGACCUGGCGACGGGCAAGAAAAACAGAACAGGAGUUCUGAAGCGAGCGCUCAUGGAUGCGACCUGCGCCACCACUGUCACAGCCACUAAGCCUUGUGGGAAAACUGCCAAGACCAAGCUGCAAGACGCUAAGAAGCAAAAGAAGGAAGGGAAGAAGCGAGAGCGCACCCAAAUGGACUAGUGAGGCUGUCAGGCCGGCAGGGAAGGAAGAAGAUGGGAAGACGCCCACUGCCCUUUUUCAACAUGGUUCCUCUUUAUAUGUGCUGUAGCUUGACAGUAGAGGCUUUGACAAAACCAGCGGAAACAUGACUUUUAGAAACAAUGUGUUUUUAUUUUUUUUAUUUUUUCAUAUUUCUAGCACCUGAUAAGAAACAAUUUGUAUGUUGCUGUAGGAGAAAUAAUACACGGUGGUAGGGAAGGAUAAUGAGAAGAUCUGUUUACUAAUGAUGUUAUUUCUGUGUUUUUUUCCUUAAGAGCAAAUUGCCUAGGAUUUGUUUUAUGGUUGUAUACCCUAACUCUCAUUUGGAGAAUUCAUUGGUCCAUGCUCUGUCUUAAUGAAGCAGUUUGUUAAAAGUGGAGCUUUAAACAUUUUCAUUUAAUUCAUUAGAGAAAAAAAAACAAACAAAAAAAAAACAAACAAAAAAAACAAAUAAAAAAAAAAGCAAAAAGAAAACAAAAGUAAAUUCAUAAGCAUUGCAUUUGAAAACUGUACAUUUCCAACAAGAAUCAAUAUUAGCUAUAGAGUUGUCUGGGUCUUGCAUGAAAUAACUGCUGUACAUUUGUGCAAACUGUCCUAGUUUUUGGUCUGAUUGCUUUUGCUGCUCUGUUGUACCUCAAUUUAUACACACAUACUGUUUCUUUCCAGCCUGAAUGUAUCCUUGUAGUCACUGUUUGGAGUUAACAUUCCCUUCGCUUCCAGGUACAUUUGCAAAUAUAUAAGAAAAAAUAAAUAAAAGUUAGAAAAGAUACCAAAAGCAAUUGCUCGCCUCCUGUCAAUCAAGUCAACUAAAUAAAAAACAAUUUCGAAUACA